CUAGGUCUCUUCAAGUGUCAUUUUCACACAUAUACUUCACAUACCAUAUACAAACCAUUCCCUUCGCUUCAUACUCUCCAUCUCCAUCUUUCUCCAUUAAACCACAAACCCCUCGCAAGAAAUCUUGAUUAUACUUAAAAGAUUGGAGCAACAAGACAAAGAGAGAAAGUUGAGAGUUUUGCAAGUGAAAAUGGAGUUCUUUCCUUCACAACCAGACUUAUCUCUUCGAAUCAGCCCACCCAACACCCAACCCACUUCAAUAAGUUGGAGAACAUCAAAUCCAACUGAUCAAGAUCAUGAUUUUGAUUUAGGUCAUUUCUGGACGAGAGCUUUAAACUCCCAAAACCACCAACAUGACUCAACAACAAGAUCUCAAUCCUCUUUCGGUUUAUAUGAACCAUAUCAAGCCCAUUCUAAUGAUUCCGGCCUCAACCAGAACACAAUCACAACAAAUCUUUAUCACCAUCACCAGGGAGUAAGCUUACAGGAAGAGUUAUUGAAACCCAUAAAAGGAAUUCCUAUUUUUUACCAAACUACUCAUCCCAAUUUACAGAUUCCAGCUCAAUAUCAUCAUCAUCACCAAAAUAACCAAGCUUCAUUAGAUUCUUGCGCUGUUGCUACUUCUAGUAGCUCUUCUUCUUUAACUCAUGGCAGUAAUUUUAACAAUAUUGCGCGAUCAAGAUUCUUGUCUUCGAGGUUUCCUGCAAAGCGUAGCAUGAGAGCUCCGAGGAUGCGAUGGACGACGACCCUCCAUGCUCGCUUUGUCCAUGCUGUUGAGCUCUUGGGUGGACAUGAAAGAGCAACGCCUAAGUCAGUUCUUGAGCUAAUGGAUGUAAAGGACCUGACGUUAGCCCAUGUCAAAUCUCACUUACAGAUGUAUAGAACUGUAAAGACUACUGAUAAAGCAUUGGUUUCAUCAGCACAAUCAGAAGUCUUUGGCAAUGGAAAAUCAGGAGACAAUUCUGUUGAUAUAAUGCUUGGCAUUCAGACUCACGGAAUGGAGUUAUUACCCGAAAAUGGAGGAAUGUCUAGUGUUCAUCAAGAUAAAGAUUUUAAUUUUGGUCGUUGGUGCAAUUCAUCAAGCGGGGAAGUUUUGAUGCAAGUUAAACAUGGAGAUCUUGAAUCGAGCAUAUUAUCCCUUGAGAAGGAAAGGAAUUCAAAAGGCAUGAAGAAUGAGAGGUCAUAUGAAGUAAGCUCAUCAAGCCAUUCACAGACCAGCCUUAAGAAGCCUAGCCUAGAGUUCACUUUAGGAAGAUCUCAGUGAAUUUUAUAUAUAUAUAUAUAUAUAUAUAUAUAUAUAUAUAUAUAUAUAUAUAUAUAUAUAUAUAUAUAUAUAUAUAUAUAUAUAUAUAUAUAUAUAUAUAUAUAUAUAUAUAUAUAUAUAUAUAUAUAUAUAUAUAUAUAUAUAUUACUACUCAUUUAGAUAUCAUUGAGUUUUUUUAAUGGGAGCUGGUGAAAAGAAUGGUGCCCACUGGAAAAUCUGUAGAGAAAAGUAAAAGAAUGGGAAAAAGAGAGCAAAAGGAAGGCAACAAGACAAGAAAGGGUACACAAAGCAACAAAAGGGAGUAGGGUUUUGAAAAGCAUAUCUUUGCUAUUGAAAAUUUGUGAGAGACCCAUUAUCUGACCCUUUUGAUAUUAUAGAUCUUGAUUAUAUGUAAAAAAAAAUUAAUGAGUUUUGACUUUUCAAUCGAUCUUAUAAUUUUUCUUGAAUUCUAUGGCAAACAUCAAUGUGUUGACUGUGUUCUUUAUUUUAGUCGA